UCUGGAUCUGUUCGUUUUAGCUGAACUGGCUGCACUAAUUCAGAGUUUAUCUUUUUCUGUCCAUAUUGGAAAGAAAAAGAUAAUCUCUGAACUAGUACAGCCAGUUCAACUAAAACGAACAGACCCAUUAUAUUAUAUAUUUGAUAAGAGAUGUUUUACGCAUAGGUUAUGUGGAAAAGUUGUCAUUGGAAAUUAUGUUUUGAGAUGUUUUAUUUCGUUUGCGAUCAUUUACCGAUCAUCACUAAUUGCAGUGAAAUAUCUCACGUGAUUACUACUGUAGCUCCGAUUCUUCGUUUCCUUUUUAACAAUGUCAAGAAGCAUAUUCGUAAAUAAACGUAAAUCGUGAGCGAUAUCGUGUAAUUGGGUUAGAUAAGAAUGGCCGAUGAAGUGACGGAAACGUUACGGGGCCUCAAUAAUGAGGACACCGAAUGUAUCGUAGAUGCCGAGAUCGACGAUGAUGACGAGGAUUCCGAUGGGAUCGUAGUUCCAGAACUUCAGGGUACAUUAUCCAAAUGGACAAAUUACAUACAUGGCUGGCAAACUAGAUUUAUUGUACUCAAAGAUGGUACUUUGUCUUAUUACAAAUCUGAGCAGGACAGCGGAUUUGGAUGUCGUGGCUCGAUUAGUCUGUACAAAGCUAAUAUCAAAGCACAUCAAUUUGACGAAUGCAGAUUUGAUGUAUCUGUAAAUGACUGCUUAGUUUGGUAUUUAAGAGCAAGUAGUCCAGAGGAAAAACAACGAUGGGUAGAUGUUUUAAAGUCUUACAAGUCGGAAUCCGGUUAUGGGAGUGAAAAUAGUCUCAAACGACAUGGUAGUGCCAUUUCGCUUGUGUCAAAUACACAAUCGACAACGAGCGCCGGUAGUUUUACUAAGCGUGGCAUUAGAGGACUGAAAGAAAAAUUAGCCGAAAUUGAAACUUUCAGAGACAUUCUCAUCAAGCAGAUUGAUACUUUGCAGAAAUAUUUUGAUAAUUGUGCAGAAAAUGUCAAGAACACUUCCAAGAAAGAAAAGAAAAUUGAGACAAUGUUUAAUCCAGCUGAACAAUCGGUGGAUUUUAAAGGAGAAGCGAUAACAUUUAAAGCCACAAGUGAAGGGGUGUUAGCAACUUUACAACAUUGUGUUGAAUUAAUGACACAGCGAGAGGAUGCAUGGCGUCGCAGAUGGGAAAGAGAAAUCGAAAAGAAACGAAAAUUACAAGAACUUUAUAAAGCUCUGAAAGAACAAAUUGCCAUGCAUCAUAACGACUCUCCCAGACCUAGAGUUCUUAUUCAUGGAGGUCCUGACUACGAGGAAGGUCCGCAUAGCGCUCUUUGCGAUGAAGAAUUUUAUGAUGCCGUCGAGACAGGUUUAGACAAAAUUGAAGAGGAAAAUCAAUUAAGGAAUCGUUUGAAACAAAAAUCUGUUUCAAUUUUGACAUUUCCUACCACAACAGUAUCUUCGCACAAGUUAUGGCCUGAAAUAGAGAAAAUCACCAUGGAACAACUCCAUUAUGCUCGACUCGGUGUGGGUGGAGCGGGUGGUUGGCAAUUAUUUGCUGAAGAUGGAGAUAUGCGAAUGUAUCGGCGGGAGGAAGAGGCUGACGGAUUAGUCGUAGAUCCUCUCAAAGCGUGUCAUGUCGUUAAGGGAGUAACUGGUCACGAAGUUUGUGAAAUAUUUUUCAGUCCCGAAUACAGAAGUGGAUGGGAAGCCACUUUAGAGGACAUGACAAUCGUCGAAAACAUUUCCAAGGAUACGCUAUUAUUCUUGCAGACGCACAAACGUAUCUGGCCAGCGAGUCAGCGAGAUGCGUUAUUCUGGUCGCACAUACGUCGAGUAUCGGAUGAUCAGGAUCGUGAUGCUCACGAUCUAUGGAUAGUCUGUAAUCAUAGUACUGAACAUCCUGAUUACCCGCCGAAUGCAGGUAAAUGCGUGAGAGUUUAUCUAACAGUUUGUCUCGUAUGUCAAACUUUUAUCGAUCCCCCAAAAGACGAAGAGGAAAUAAAGAGGGAAAAUAUAACAUGUAAAAUAACAUAUUGUUCAGUUGUAAAUCCGGGUGGUUGGGCCCCAGCAUCUGUUUUACGAGCCGUUUACAAGAGAGAAUAUCCAAAGUUCCUGAAGCGAUUCACUAAUUUUUGUAUUGAUCAGUGCAAAAACAAACCAAUCACAUUCUAAAUGUGAUUAAUAAAAAAUCUUUCAUGUUUUCCAUUCAAAUCCUUAUUCGCUAUCUCAAAGUGUUUUCACGCAUCAGUGAUUAUUGUAAAAACAACAGUUUGUAUUAGUAUAUGUACCAUAAGAAUUGCAGAAUGACUAUUACAACAACGUAAGUGAAACAAUUUUAUGUAUCAUUUUUUUCUUUUUAUUCUUUGCUUAAAAUAAUUGACUUAUAUAUAACCUCUGAAUGGGAAAAGUAAAUUGUUAUAAUAAAUAUUAAAGAUCAUUUAGACUAUAAAUAAGUGUAUAUAGUAAUUGUAUGCACUUAACAAGCAACUUCAUGAAGCGCUACAAUGAAGCACACAUGAUUAGUACUGUUUGCUGAUUAUCCUUUCCUCUUCCAAUAACAGCUUAUUAUUUGUUUGUAACAGUAUUUUAUCUAGAUGUGUAUACAAAUCUUAACCUUAAGAAUUUACUACAUAAACACAAAUCUUGUUACACAUUAUAUCUAAUUAAAUGCUGAAUUGUAUCUUACA